AUGGAUUUUGUUGAGUUGCAUGGUGAAUGGGUGCUUUAUGCGGCCGAUCCGAGGUACGUACUGAAUUGGAAGUGCGAGGUGAAGCCGUACGGUAGCGACCAGCACGAGUUCACAUGCCAUAGUGAAGGAUGGUUCGGUGAAUGCGAACGAGACACCAUUGCCGUGCUGACGGUGGACGCUUGGGGCGGAUUCCGCUUCUCGAUACCGUCUCCGAUCCAUGUGCCUUCUGAACUCAUGUCUUCUGGCAACAUCUCCGUGACUUCCGACAGAAUGAUACUGAUGAGCGAUGGUGAUUUGGUGGGAAGACGCUAUAGCGUUUGGGUGAGACCAAACUACGAAGCCGAGCAGACACUAGCGGACGAGUUGUCGCGUUUCUGCAUCUGGCCUCUACCAUCGCAAACAUGUACACGAGAAUCGAAUUGCUAG